AAAACAAGAAUCAUGUUUCCACAAAAAAAGAAGAAGAAACACUUUCUCAAUUCUCUCUAAUGGCUCUAAUAACCUUACUUGAAGUCUCAAUUUCUUUACUUUUUAUCUCCUUCCUUUACGGAUAUUGCUUGAUUAGCAAGAAACCUCAUCGUUCGUUUCUCACUAACUGGCCGUUCCUCGGUAUGCUUCCGGGUUUACUCGUGGAGAUCCCUCGUGUUUAUGACUAUGUAACCGAGCUUCUCGAGGCCUCAAACUUAACUUAUCCUUUCAAAGGUCCGUGUUUCGGGGGCCUCGACAUGUUGAUCACCGUUGAUCCGGCUAAUAUCCACCACAUCAUGAGCUCAAACUUCGCGAAUUACCCGAAAGGAUCCGAGUUCAAGAAGAUAUUCGAUGUUUUGGGAGAUGGCAUUUUCAAUGCAGAUUCUGAGUUAUGGAAAGAUCUGAGGAAAUCAGCUCAAAGCAUGAUGACUCAUCAAGAUUUUCAAAGGUUUACACUAAGAACAAGCAUGAGUAAGCUAGAGAAAGGGCUUGUCCCACUUCUUGAUUACGUUGCUGAGAAGAAACUAGUCGUUGACUUACAAGAUGUGUUCCAAAGAUUUACGUUCGACACUUCGUUUAUUUUAGCGACCGGGGUUGAUCCAGGUUGUCUUGCGACCGAAAUGCCGCAAAUCGAGUUUGCUAGAGCUUUAGACGAAGCAGAGGCAGCAAUUUUCUUCAGGCAUGUCAAGCCGGAGAUGGUUUGGAAGAUGCAAAGAUUUAUUGGGUUUGGAGAUGAGAUGAAGAUGAGAAAAGCUCACUCGACUUUCGACCGAGUUUGCUCUAAAUGCAUAGCUUCUAAGAGAGAUGAAAUAACCAAUGGGGUUAUUAACAUCGACUCUUCUUCUAAAGAUUUGUUGAUGUCUUACAUGAGUGUGGAUACGACCAAGUACAAGUUGUUGAAUCCAAGUGAUGACAAAUUCCUUAGAGACAUGAUCUUAAGCUUCAUGAUAGCUGGUAGAGACACCACAGGCUCUGCUCUCACUUGGUUCUUUUGGCUUCUCUCCAAGAACCCAAAAGCCAUAACCAAGAUUCGUCAAGAAAUCAACACAAAACUAUCUCCAAGAACCAACGAUUUUGAUUCUGAUUCAUUCAGUUCUCAAGAGUUAAACAAGUUGGUGUAUUUACAUGGCGCAUUGUGUGAAGCCCUCAGGCUAUAUCCACCGGUUCCAUUUCAGCACAAGUCUCCUACAAAACCUGACGUUCUUCCGAGUGGACACAGAGUCGAUGCGAGUUCGAAGAUUGUGUUCUGUCUUUACUCAUUGGGGAGAAUGAAAUCGGUUUGGGGAGAAGAUGCAUCGGAAUUUAAACCGGAGAGAUGGAUUUCAGAGAGUGGAAGGUUGAUUCAUAUGCCAUCUUUUAAGUUCUUAUCGUUCAAUGCCGGUCCAAGGACUUGUUUGGGGAAAGAAGUCGCCAUGACACAGUUGAAGACAGUGGCUGUAAAAAUUAUACAAAACUAUGAGAUAAAGAUCGUUGAUGGACACAAGAUCGAGCCAGUUCCUUCUAUUAUCCUUCACAUGAAGCAUGGGCUUAAAGUUACAGUCACUAAGAGAUGUAAUAUGGUCUGAAUAUUAUGCAUAAUUUUGAACUAUAUUAUAAGUAUGGAAAUAAUUAUUAGAAUUUUGUCAAAUA